CUCCAAGCCAAAGCAAGAAAGUAAGAAAGAGCCAAUGAUGAGUAGUGUUACUACUACUACUUCAACAGAGUUGUCUACCAGCAGUAUUACUGCUGGUGUGACGCGGAUCCAAGAUGUGGAUGGCUAUGUGGGCACCGUCGUGUAUGUGGGACCUGUUGCCAGUGCCAAAGAUCCGACCGAGCACUAUGCGGGUGUGAUUUGGGACGAUCCCUCACGAGGAAAGCACGAUGGCAGUGUCGUGUGUCGACGGACCAAUGAGUUGGUACGCCACUUUUCCUGUGCGCAUCCGUGUGGUGCCUCCUUUUUGCGACUGUCCAAACUCAAUUUGGGAGUCGCGUUGAAUGCCGCAUUGCUGCGGAGCAAAUAUGUGACGACCGACUCGGACGAAUUGGUGGCGCCCAAUAAUUUACUGCAGCACACGGCACGGACAGCACAAGGUCAUGAAAAGCCGAUUGAAUUUUACGGCGAACUCAAGAUUCGAUCGCACCAGCAACUGGAAGAUUUGCAGACCAUUUCCUUGCGACGCAUGGGCAUUGCUCAUGUCGAACAGUCGAAGGAAUGGCAAGAAUUCCAGCAUUUGACGGCCUUGGAUUUGACGGGCAAUCUACUUUCGGAUUGGGACACGGUACUCGACAUUCUCCAGCAGUUUCCCAAUUUGACUGACUUGAAUGUCGCCGCCAAUCGCAUUCGGGAUCCAUCAAAAGAAACAAUCGAACAAGCAAUCGAACAGCAAUAUUGUCAGCAAGCCCCAUUUUCCGCCCUGGCCAACCUGAAUCUCAAUCAUUGUGGGAUCGAAUCCGUCCAAACUCUGUUAUGGAUUGGAAGACUAUUGCCACAACUGCAACAGCUCUGCAUGGCGCAUGCCAAUUUGGGCGAGUUGGACGCGGAAACAGGCAGACAGGCGGCAGACACCUUUGAGCACUUGACCCAACUCGACUUGACCAAUUGUCACUUGACAUCCUGGAGCAAGCAGGUGGUUCCCUUGUGCUCGACGCUUUCCUGUUUGCAGCUAUUGAUUCUAGAUGACAAUCCAAUCGAUACUACCAAUACCACUACAGAACAACACACUGAUGAAACUGAAACGACAACCAACUACUUUUCCCAACUAGAAUCCUUGCAUCUCGCCGGCACACAAAUUGCCACAUGGCAAGAUUUGGACGGACUCUUGCAAUUUCCAAAAUUGACGUCGUUACGAUUCCGCCGAUGUCCGUUAUUGGAGAGUAUGGGGACGGGAGAAGCCAGAGCCAUUGCCAUUGCCCGACUUGGUCCCAACAGUACCAAACUCAAUGCGUCCGUCAUUAGCCCCAAAGAACGACACGACGCCGAAAAGCGAUAUGUUUCCUCGGUGGCGUCUCAAUUAUUGUCGCUCGAUGCCAGUGCCCGCGACCAAUUUGUGCAGCAGUACCACAAGGCAUUCCCCCAACUUUUGGAACAGUACAAGGAUAUCAUUGUUUCUGCUGCUACUGCACAUUCGCCGGGCGACGACGAGUCACCACGGUCCGUGGCAGCAACUUCUACAUCGAUGGUGGUCAAUGUCAGUAUCCAAUCCAUGGCCGCUUCCAGUUGUCAUCAAGAACCCAUGGUACGACGACUUCCAGGAAGUUUACCCAUUAAACGAAUCAAGGCCAUGUGUGCCAGAACCUUUGGAUUGGAUCCAGAUUUGCAACGAUUGCACUUUUGUACCGAGUUUGACGCCUUUCCGACAGAACUCGACGAUGACGAACAUACUCUGGCAUAUUACGGGGUGAGUGAUGGGGCCACCAUCUUUAUGAAUGAAAUUGAUCUAGACGCAAUUAAACGGCAGCAGGAAAAGGUCAAGCAGGAGCAACUAUCCAAUUUGGAACGGCAAGAAGCGCUCGAGGUGCAAAAGCAACAGCACAAACAGCAAUUGCUGCAAAAACAUUAAUAACUAGUGUAGUGUGGUUGCUAACUCAAGGUAUCAGUAGACACGAACUGACUCUUGCUACGAUAGGAAGUUGCCAUGCGUGGUCGUUCAUUGUUCGUCGUCAACGUACGCCUGCUUCGUGCGCUGGCUAUCCUUCGUUUUCGACACAUUCAAACCUCGCUCAUUUAGGGUGCAAUACAAC